GCCACUAGCAGCGCCACUGGCGCAAUAUGGCCAUGUGCUGGAAGUGUUUACGUAUUUAAUGAGAAUAAAAAAUAUAUAAUUGAAAAUUUAUAAGAAGUUAAUGUUAAAUACCGCGACCAUUGAUUAUUAUUAGUCAUUCUUAUUGCCGUUCUUUCCGUGUUCUGACGCAAUUUAAAUACGUGUAAUGUAAGCGCGUGGCAUUUAACAAGUGUCCAAUAAUAAAACUCGGUGGCAUGUGUUGAAAAUUUAUUUACGUGGACAUUCAGUUAUUAUUUAUCAAUAAAUUCUUUUUGACGCUCAGUAAAAAGUGAAGAUUAAUUAAUUAAUUAAAUAUUUGUGAAUUAUAAAAAUGACAUCCUGUCCGGCUGCGUCGUCUUCUAUGUCAACUGUCAGGCCUAGAUGCAGUUGUCAAUCUCGUAAUGUUGACGAUGGUUGUUUUUCAGCAGUACCAGGUGGUGUUGGUGUUACUGGAUGUGUUAUCAAAAAUUAUCAACCUCAUGGGAAUCUUGCUAGAAUUUUAUGGGAAAAACAGAAAUCUGAUGAAAGAUUGCGCACUUAUGACAAGACACGUUGGUACAGGGUAGACAAGACCAAGAUACAGGAAGAUAUUCUUAAGCUCUGGAUGCCAUUAGGAGUCGGAGAACGCAAAGAUCAGCCAGACAAAAGCGCUGAAGAUUUUUUGGCAAGGUCCGCUAAUAAAUCCGAUUCACUUUUGCUUCAAGUUUGGCACUCAUUAGCGACAUCUGCUUUGUCUUGGUUUAUUAAUCGAACUUCAAUAAAUGGCUUACUGGGACGAGGUUCCAUGCAUGUUUUUUCGACUGAGCAAUUUUUGAAACUGAUGGACGCGAGUGGAUUCAGAGGACCCUGGGAUACUGUAGUGGAUCUUGGGGCUGGAGACGGUGCUACUACGGCACACAUUUCUCAUCUUUUUAAAAAAGUUUACGCGACUGAUGUAUCAGCGCCUAUGAGAUGGGCAUUAGCUAGGCGUAAAUUUACAGUCCUAAAUGUGAAUAACUGGGACAAGACGGGGCCAUUCAACAUGAUCCUGUGCCUAAACCUCCUGGACCGCUGCGACAGGCCUAACACUCUUCUGAACCAACUGAGAGACACUCUAGCCCCCGGAGGACGUCUGGUAGUAGCCCUGGUUCUUCCCUUCAGCCCCUACGUGGAGACAGGAGAGCGUGGGGACCACAAGCCUAUGGAGUACUUGCCUAUCAGAGUAUCCGGCCUAGAAGAGCAGGUCGCGACAGUUAUUGACAGCGUCUUUAAACCCGUCGGCCUAAGAUGCUUAGUCUGGAGCAAACUUCCUUAUCUCUGCGAGGGGGAUUUGAGACAGGCCUAUUGUUUUUUGGAGGACGUUAUUUUUGUACUUGAAGCCGAGGAAGGAACAGAACAACGAAUAAAAGAGCCAAUAAAAGAAAAUGAAAGGACUGGAUGUGUUAAAAAGGAUUGACGAUAAAAAAAAAAAAGAAAAAAAAUGAAUCCAGCUGGAAACCGGAAAAUGAGGCGGUGGAAGAAAACUUCUGAGCGACUGCACCAGUUGUAUUGUAUCAACAAGCGCUGGAACAACAAAUUCAAUUAUUAACUUCUGAUUAAUAAAUAUCAAUAUCAAAUAUCAACAUAGUAUAAAAAAAAAAAAAAAAAAAAAAAAACCAAAAAUAUUAAUUGAUAGUCUUAAACAUUCAACGAAUUAUUAGCGUCCAAUUAACGAAUUUUAAAUUACUACGUGAUAUAAAAA